AUGCAGCAGACCACAUUCGUUCUCUCCCUCUCGGUCAUUCUUUUCGGCUUGUUCGCCCACACACAAUCGACUCCGUUCGGUCUGCUUGAUCCACAAGCGGAAUAUCUGAACGCGUUACGUGUGGACAGCGCGUUGGAACGAUGCAUUGAACUAGUCGGCACACAAUCUGGUCGGCGGGAUCGAAGUCAAAUGGAACGAUUGCGCCAGUGCAUGCUGCGAGAAUUCUCAGGCAAAAUCUCCUCUGACCGUUGGAAAGAGAUUGAAGGAAUGGCGUAG